GACACUGUCUACUAUAAAUGCUGUUAGUGCCGACUGAGGGAUACAGUUCUCAGGUCUAAGCAACCCCGAGCACAUCUCAUCAAACAAUCGAAAUGGCUUUCAAGUUGGUGGUCUUCACUUGUUUGGUCGCGGCCGCCUACGGCAGCUUGGCCCCCGCGGCCAUAGCAGCUGCGCCCGUGGUCGCGGCGGCCCCAGUGGCGGCGCGGCUCGAGGAGUUCGACCCGCUGCCACAGUACCGCUUUGGCUACGACGUGGCGGACUCACUUACCGGCGAUUACAAGAGCCAGACAGAGCAGCGCGACGGCGACCUGGUGCAGGGUCAGUACUCACUGAUCGACUCGGAUGGCACGCGUCGUAUUGUGGACUACACUGCUGAUUCAGUUAACGGAUUCAACGCCGUCGUGCGCAAGGAGCCGCUCGUGGCCGCUGCGCCCGCCGUCGUGCCCGCACGCAUCGCUGCCGCUCCAGUAGUGGCAGAACCCGCCGUCGUUUCCGCACGCAUCGCUGCUGCUCCAGUCGUCGCCCAGCCCGCCUUCGCCCGCUACGCUGUUGCCCCUGCUGUCUCUCCCGCCAGGAUCGCUGCCGCUCCCGUAUUCGCCCGCUACGCUGCGGCUCCCGUCGCUGCUCCCGUGGUGGCCGCUCGGUACGCUGCCGCCCCAGUGGCCGCCGCCGCUCCUGUGGUAGCCGCUCGUUACGCUGCUGCCCCAGUGGCCACUGCUCCAGUAGCUGCUGCGCCAGUGGCCGCCGCCUACAGAACUGCAUUAGCUGCGUACAGCGCUGCCUACACAGGUCCCGUUGCGGCGCAGUAUGCUCAAUACGCUGCCCCUCUGGCGGCCUAUAGCGCUCCCGCGGCCGUCGCCUACUCCGCGCCAGCGUACGGCGCGCCCGUAGCGGCAUAUGCUGCGCCCGCGGCACCCGCCCCGGUGUUUGCGCGCGCGGCUCCCGCGAAACUCGUGGCGCCCAACACCGCCGGAUACUACUACCCUUGAAAAAUGAACACUGACUUGAUGGCUCAUUACUAAAGACUUGACUUAUAUUUAAGUUAUUGAAAUAUACUUUUUGUUUACUUUUA